UUGCGUCAUUCUUUGUUCCCACCCACUGGUCCGCUCCUAGCUGCCCGUUCCCCUCAGUCAUUUGGUCAUGACAUUCAUAUCAGCCAUCCGCACCAAAUGAAUGGCACAUCGCAUCGCAUCGCAUAGAUGCGGACCCCCACAAAGCCACGCGUCCACGCGCACAGCCACGCACCACGUGUGUUCCCCAAAAAGACCUACAAAAAUCGCUGCAAGCCAAAUCAAUCGCCGACCAUCAAUCUCAUCUAUCUCAUCUCAGUCAGAUGGGUCUGAAGGCAAACAUAUCCAUCUUGACGUUGAGGAAUCCGCGGGGAUUGAGCCUGAUCAUCUUGUAGGCCGACAGAACACCGUUGGCCCCACCCUCGCCCAGCUGCGUCAGCGGCACGGUCGUCUGGCCGAAGGCGCUGGAGGUGAAGCUGCUCUGCUUGGCCGACGCAUCCACCACCUACAUACACACACACACACACACUCACAACACACAUAGAUAUCCCCAACUGACAGCCAGUCAUCCAGUGACCACGCUUACGCGGAAGUGCAGCUGCUCUGUCUGGGGAUUGGCAACGAGGAAUGAGAAGCCCUGCGCCCACACGGGAGUGCGGGACAUCCUGAUGGUCUGGUGUGUGCCGCUGAGGUAUGCGUCGAUGUCCUCUGCGUGGACGUCCAACACACUCGCAAUCUCCUCGUUGGUCAUCCGGCGGUCCUUCAGCAGCUUCAGCUUGCGCAACAGAGUGUCCAGCAUCACAUUGCCUGCAUCACAGACACAUGUGCAGCCGAGCCAUCUAUCUAUGUGCGUGAUUCUGCUCUCCCGCUCUCCCUGUGUCUCCGUGUCUGCGUGUCUGUCUGUCUGUGUGCUUUGUGCCUACCGGUUUGUCCGUCCUCGGCUUUCGGAGGUAUCCACGGCUGUGUUUCGCAGGUCGACCGCUGCUCGCCACCAGGUCCCACCAAAGACACCAACACCUACAACGCAAGAUAACACAACACAACACACCACAACACACCGACCCAGCCAUUGAUCCAUCCGUCCAUCCAUCCGUCCAUCCAUCCAUCCGUCCAAGCUCCCUCCCUCCCUCCCUGUGUAAUGACCACCGCACCUUUGGCUGCGAGGAUGUCUUAAGCCGCAACUCCUCCGCCCGAUCGACAGCCACCCACACCAGCCACCCAUUGCCAUCCCCAGAGCCACCGGCGCUGUCCUCUGCUGCUGACGACUUUGGUGAGGGGAGCUUUGGCAAAGGCACCUCGCGAGAUAGCGAGAACCACUCGGGUCGCAGGUAGACGAACGACGCGCCCCGCUGUUUGUCCUUGUUGGUUGCGUCAAUAAGCUUGUGGUGUGGGCUCUCGAGCGGCAGCCGGAUGGUGGCUGCGGCGGCGUGGUCGUCGGUUGUUGAGUGGGUGUAGAUGAGGGGGUCGGCGAGGCCGCCGCCCACUGAGAGGUCGAGGGCGACUUUGAUCUCGGUCUCCUUCUUGCCCGUCUUCUCCUUGACCCACAUCGGCGGCCGCUCGCCCUCAGCCGGCUUGUACCUGACACACACAACACAUGUGUGUGGGUGGUGUGGUCUGCUCUGCUGACUGCGUUGUGCAGUCAUUGUAUUGUUUUCCUCUCUCGUGGCUCUCGGUGUGAACGUACCCGAUGAAGCACCAUGGCUGUCGAUAGGAAGGUCGGUCGCCCUGACCCUGACACACCACGGCACGCCACGGGCCAAGCCAAGCCAAGCAAGCAAGGGUUAUGGGAGAACUUGCUGCACGCCUUAUGCUACGCUAUGCUGUCUGUGUGCGUUGGUUGCGUGCAGGCCUACUGGUUUCAGUAGUUUGGAUCCGCAGUUGAGCAGCUGGCUCCUGGCGUCCCACCAGGCCUCCCCGCUGUCCUGGAUGGCGCACAUGACCACGGUACGGCAGGGCAGGCCGUCGAUGAACUCGCGCAGCUGCUUGUCCUGCGAGCCACCGGGGGUGUCAUACCUACAACCACACAAACACGAGCCAGCCCAUUCUCAUGUUGGGGUGGGGUGGGGUGGGAGCUGGGGGGGCUGUCGCUCACCAGCAGUCGAAGGUCUCGGCUUUGGUUACAUCGCCGGUGACCCCGUCCAUGGCGACCACAUGGAUGCCGCGGCCGCUCACGUCACGCCGCUCUCCGUUGACGACGAUGCCGGGCUUGCCCUUCUUCCCGCCAGCCGACCUGCACUCGAUGCUGACUUUCUUGGCUUCAGGCGGCGCGUCGUCGCCCCGCAUCUCCUCGGGAAUGUCGCCCCGGGCUGCCAGCUUGGCUGUCUGAAGCAGGUCCUUGACUGUGAUGCUGACGGACGGAUUAUCAUGACAGACAGGAAAGGGGCUGGGCUGUGGGGUGCGGGGUGUGGUGUGGCGUGAGGGUGUGUGGGUCUGGCCUGGAGGGGAGGCUAGCUACCUUACCUGACGUGUCCGAUGAGUGAGUUCUUGCCGAGGACCUCCUGGUCGAAGAUGCUCACCUUGACCUCCUGCAUCUCGCGAUCGUGCACGAUGAAGUCAUCCGUCUGCAAGCACCCACACACACUGGGCAUGAAAGCGGGAGGGUUCUUCAGAACUUUCUGUUGUUCCGCGUGUAAUGCAUGCGAUGUGCUCACCUCGUUCCAUCUUGCGUUGUUGUCGUCACUGACCACUGAUGUCACCAUCUCCUGAGCACCCACCUUGACCUCCACAAACGGGUCAGCCUGCCAAUCAACCAACCACGCAUUGCAUGCAAUGUGCUGCGAAUUCCCUGCCUUCCUGCUGUCACUGACCUUGUCGUUUUUGAAUAUGCUGCCGAUGCCCCUCCACUCGGACCUCAGCCCCUCCGCCCUCACCACCGUCAACCGCAGGAUCCCCACACCAGGCGGGUUCCGCAGCUGGAUCAAAUCCACAGCCUCGGACAAGUUCAGAGCGAUGCUGUUUGUGACACAUCAAGUCACGACACACACAUUUGGCUAUAUGUCACUCACACACACACACACACACAUACACACAUACUUACCGGUUUGGGACGACGAGUGCGUUUGCGAUUGAUGAGGUGAUGACAUUGUUGACGAUGCCGGCAAGGAAGGGGAAGUCGGCAAUGUUGGCCAGACCCGUGAACUCGAUCGACACCUGGGGCGGGUUCUGGAAAAAUACCUGACAAUCCAAUCCACCGAGCAGACAGACAGAUCAGCAGCUCGUGUGGUGUGGGUGUGUGUAUAGGUGGGUGGAAGGCUGGAGGCCUAUGUCGGUUCAAUACCUGCAUGCCUCCGACAAGCGGCGGUGUGGCGAUGAGUGGCGUCAUGAGCACCACCAGCUGGCCCGACAUCGACAGCUGCGACACACCGAACUCACCUGCACACACAGACACACACACACCCUGGCCUGCAUCCACUGGCCGAGCCCGGCAAUGCAAUGCGUCCGUACCAAGGUAGUUGACGGCGAGGGCAAUGUCAGCGUCGCCAUGGUAGUCGAUGUCCAGGACCAUCCUGAUGGCGUCGUGGCCAAGGGCAUCCUGCAGGCAGGCAAGCCAACAUCACACACAUCACUAACACGCACAGCCGAUGCGAUGCAUUCACGAGUGCAGUGCUGUGCUGUGAUGUGUGUGACCUUGAGAGGCGAUAUGUGCACCCGCUCGAUGGUCAAGGGCUGCAGGAACAGACAGACAGACAGACAAGAUGCUGGCAGCCUUGUCUCUCUGUCGGUGCGUCGCGUCACCUCCCUCACCUUUUUGCCGAGUUUGGUUUUGGUGAAGCGGAUCUUCUUGAUCGCAUUCGGCACCGACGCCUGCAGCACAGGCUCGAUCUCAUCUACAGGACAUGACAUUACACACACAUACGCAACACGCACACACAGAGUCAUGACCACGAAGAGAUCACCCAUCCAUCCAUCCAUCCACCUUUCAUUGUCUGCGCAGCGGCCUGCCCAAUGUAGGGCCACAGGUUCACAAUCAGCCCGUUCAGCCACUCAGCACCGGUCGAGCCAGACACCUUCGAGCCCAUCGUACGCAGUCCGCCGCGGAAUAAUGAUGGGAUGCCGCCGCCAUGGCCGCCGUGCCCUCCGAUGAGUGGCAGCUGGUCGGUAGGUAGCUCCCGCGACGAUGUGCCUGCAUCCUCAGCGGAUCUGUUGCGGCGGCCGCACAGCGCUGCGAGAGAGUUGAUGAAUCGUUUGAGAAAGGGCAAAUUCGUCAGCAGGGCGUACGAGUACAUCACGGCGGAUCGACGCACGCACCUCUGUUUCUCUUGCCUCUG